AUGGCUAUUAAACGAAAAGAUUUUCUAAAGACUUCAUCAACAAUAUUAGAAUUUUUAUUAAAAUUACCAGAUGAGGAAACAAGUUCACGUUUGAGAGAUACAUUAUUGCAUGCGUUACAUUUUUUACAACAAUAUUAUUUAAUAUUACAAAAACGUGAUAAAGAACAAAAACCGUUACAAUGGACAAUUGAACGUGGUCUAAGUCCGUUGACACCAUUUCGUGAAGCACCGGACAAAUUUGAAUGGCAAUGGAUAGCAGUUGAUUCGAAUAAAGUCAAACAAACAAUACCUAAACAUUCAUUAAAUAAUUUUCAAACUUUAUCACCAAUUAUGUUAGCUGUUCGAGAGGGUGAUUUACGUUAUGUUAAAGAAUUAUUAAAUGAUAAUUUGGAUUUAAUAUCGAGAGUAGAUUCAUUUGGUAGAGAUUUAUUGACUUAUGCUGUCCAAUAUAAUCAAAUAGCUAUAUUAAAAUAUUUAUUAGAAAAACAGGCAAAUGUUAAUACAUUGGCGAAUGAUGGAUCGACAUGUUUACAUCGGGCGUGUUAUGGUGAUGGAACACAUUGCAACAUUGAGAUCGUACGAUUAUUAUUAGAACAUAAUGCUGAUCAUUCGAUAUUAGAUAUACAUUUACGUUCACCAUUACAUUGGUCAGUAUUAACAGAAAAUAUUGAUUGUUUAAAAUUAUUAAUUGAUUAUAAAACAAAUAUACAUAUUAAAGAUAUUGAUGGCAUGACUCCAGCUAUGUGGGCCUGUCAUCUCGAUAAAUUUGAUCAUUUUCAAGAAUUAUCUCAUCAUGAUAGUGAUGUGGAAGAAAGAGAUAAUGAUGAUCGAACAUGGAUUCAUUAUAGUGUAAGAAAAACUGAACCUUUAGAAUGUUUGAAAUCAUUAUUAUCACCAGAAACAGUGUUAUUAAGAGAUAAUGAAGGUCGAACUUGUCUACAUGUUGCUGCUGAACAAGGUUCUCUGUUAGCAUGUCGUCUAAUAUUUGAUAUGGGUGAAAAAAUUUCCAAUAAAACUUAUGUUCAUGAAGUUGACAAUCAAAAGCAAACUCCUCUUCAUAUUGCCACUAAACAUGGACAUGCACGUGUUCUCAAAGAACUUUUAGAUCAUGGAGCUGAUCCUCAUGUAAGAGAUAUUCAUGGCAUAUCUUCUUUAGACUAUGCCCUCAAUCGUGGACUUUAUUUUUGUCGUAGUGUAUUUGAAGUUUAUCUACGUGAUAAACGUGGUUUAAUGAGUCCACGAGAUAGUCGUCCAUCGACAACACGUAGUUUUGGUAAUGAAACAUCACGCGAUACUUUUGUUAAUGUUGCUCCAUCGCCACCUAUAAAUGGACAUGCAAAUUUUAUACGUCGAUCAUCACGUACUUCAAAAGAUUCACUUUCAUUUUCACAAACAUCUUUCACACGUCCUCCUUUACCAAACGCAAAAAAAUCCACUGAUCUUUCAUCAACCUAUCCAUCAGUUACAUCAUUCAAUCGAGAUGAACAACAACAAGAUUAUCAUGAUGAGAAAGAUUAUCCAACAACAAAACAACAACGUAUAACAUCAGCUAGAAGUACAGACAGUAGUAUACAGCCACCACCUCCCGUUAAACCACGUAAAGGUUCCACACCAACAUCGAUAAAUUUUGUGAAAGAACAGCAACAGCAAACACACUCUCGAAAACAUAAAGAUGUCAUAGUUCAUUCGGAUGAUGAUCCAGAUAGUUUAGAAGGACAAGGCAGAAAUAGUGAUGAAUUAUUAUCGGACUAUGAUGAUUCAAAUAAUAAGAAAGAUCGACGAAAGAUGUUAGUAAAAAAGUCACAUCAAAACGGACGAUCAAACUAUAUUAAGAGGCAACAAAUGAAUGACGAACAACGCUUUCAGAAUGGAAAGGAUGAUGGUUUUGAUUCACAAGGUGAACAUGAACGUCCAACAUCACGUCUAUCUGUUCGCAACGGAGAUGAAAAAAUAAUUAUAUCGCCAACGUUUAACGGCGUUACUAGACGAAAUAAACAGUCAAAUUUAAAUAGUAAUAAUAAUAAUAAUAAUUCAAACAAUCGACAUUCGAUGUAUGAUGAUUACCGAUUUCUAGAUGAAUCAGUGAUACAACAACAAAGUCGAGUAUUAUCACCUCAACAAUUAAAAACUUCACCAUCUAAACAACGCAAAGAAUUUCCUGCGCCUGUCUCAAAUCGUAUUGGUUCUGGUGGUAAUCAGGCUAUUGGUGGUUCAUUAUAUUUACAACAUCUCACAUCAGCUACGAAUCGAUUAAAAUCGGGCUCUAAAUCAAGUUCGACAGAGAGCAUUCCCACACUCGAUUUAACUGUUGCUGGACAAAAGGUUUUUCGUACAAAAAAUAAUACUGAACAAUAUCUGAGUAAUUCUUUACCAUCCACAAACACAUUACGACCGCCAAGCGGCAGAUUAAAACCAUUAAAUACUCAAACGAAUGAUAAACGUAUCAAUUCAAAAUAUAAUAUCGAUGAUUCACCACGUACGCUCGAAGACGUAACAAAUAAUACAUCAUCGGCAAAAUAUGUACAUAGUCCAACAAAUUCGGCUCAUUCAUCAUCGUCAAAAAGUCAUUUAUAUAAGAAGAAAUUAGCACCGUUAAAUAGUGAUACAAUGAAAAAAUUGACAAAUACAAAUCGUAUGUUUAAUGAUAAACAGAAUCAGCAAUAUAUUGACGGUGAUGAUAUAAAUUCGGACACUGAAGAUAUUAGUGGUCAACAACAAAAAUCAUCUUCUAUUUCGAGUGAAACAGGAUCAAAACGGUCAACAAUACAUGUAUAUCAUUGA